CAAGCAAGAAGCUGAUAAUUAGCACUAGCAAGUUAUUUUUUUAUUUCGUGCAAAUAUUUUUUAAUUUUUAAUACGUAUGUUUGCAAAAUAAAUUUCGGUCAUAAAAAAGAAACGAAAAAAUUGUUCCGUGUUAAUUAUGAAUAUUCCUCUUUAAAAUAUUCAUAUUACCAAAUAUUUGUCUAAUUUUAUCGUGAAGUUGUAAACAUUCACUUAAACGAAUGGACGUGGUAACACUCUUUGGAGUGAAUAAAGUUAACGAAAUAUCAACACAAAAUAACACCUUAAUCACACCAAAGAAGGAAAGCAGAUACGAUUUGGCAUUAUAUGGACUGGAUAACGGUCAAUUUUACGCCAUCCAUAUACCAGCGUUAACAUGUAUUUUUUUAAGUUUGAUAACAGCUAUACUGGUACUAUAUUUUUCAUUUAAACAUCAAAGAAUAUCAACAUUUUUCACAUGGACAAAAAGUGAACGGUUUGUUGUGUAUCUUGCCAUUUGCGAUGCCUUGUUUAAUAUCUGUCACUCAAUGGAUCAUUUGCAUAUUGUCAUCAAAAAAGAUCAUGUCUACCCCAAAGCACUUUGCGAGUUUUAUGGCAUCAUGCUAGCCGAGUUCAUUACUGCCCAGAACUUGAUGGUAAAUGUGGUUUCUAUCAACGCUUUUGUUUUGAUUUACUUUCGUAAAAAGCUUGAAUUUGGAAAAUAUGAUUGGAAGUUGUUGUUAUGGAUGUUUGGAACACCAGCCAUUGGUAGUAUGAUAGCUCUUGGGACUGGAUCUAUGGGACCAAAUGGAACCUUCUGCUACUUUGAUGGUGUGAAAGGAGAGUACGCGAAUUUAUUCUUCACCACAGUGCCUUUGCUUUUAAUUCUCACCGUAAACAUCAUUAUGUAUAUUUUAACAUGGUACCGCAUUCAAAAAGAGGAGCCAAAGUUCAAAGAUGUUUCUGGCAAGGGUGCUCACAUGGUCCGGGCAUCACAUCGAGCAGCUAAGACUAUGUCCUUAUUUGUUGCAGCUUUCUUUAUACAAUGGUGGGCGAUGGCUUUGUAUGGUGUGUGGCAAUUAGUAGCAGAUGUUCCGCAAGCGUUGUUUCAGUUUGUUACGACCUUCUCUAACAUUGGAGGAAUCUUAAAUGGUGUUGUUUACGCAAUUAUAAGAAGUCGAAAACGUGAUACGGAAAGUGUUGCUCAUCACUGACUCUCAUGCUUCAUUUCAGCAACACAAGUUUAAACCUACUAAAAAAGACGGAAAUAGUAAGAAAUUAAAAAAAAAACUGUAAUUAUGAGACAUAUCUGCAAUCCUGUUUAAAAAUAUUCAAGAUGAAACCCACAAGCAAUA